AUGAGUGUAGACACCAGCCCCAACAACACCGAUACUUACAUUGACCCGUCCUCGCUCGACGCGGUAUAUGAUCUGGCUCAAGAUCCAACUCCACUGGGUGAGAUGAUACGCGAGGCGAUUGGAGUAAUUGACCGAGGGUUAGACAUCCAUGGUCUAGAUAAGCUGUCAAUUAGCUUCAAUGGAGGGAAAGAUUGUACUGUUCUUUUACACCUAUUAUCCGCUGUUCUACGCAAACGGUACGUCGAGGGAAUUGGGUAUGGGCCUGUCUUUCAGGUAGAUACAGUCGUUGCGGACGGGGCAGUGGUCUCCCCUUCGCUAUCAAAUGCUACACUGUCUGCUUCUGCGCCCACUACCGAACCUACUCCUUCCGAUGUGCUGCCAUCGACAACUAUUACCACUACAACCGCGACGCCCCCACCAAUCCGUUCUGUAUACGUUCUCUGUCCCUCUCCCUUUCCUGAAGUCGAAGAGUUCGUCGAAUCAAGUGUAAAAGCAUACAACCUUCAACUAGUUAGAGUCUCUGGGUCGAUGCGUGUAGCUUUGCAAGCAUAUUUGGAUACGAAGGAAGGACAAGGGAUAGAGGCAAUUCUCGUUGGCACAAGAAGGAAUGACCCCCAUGGUGGUAAACUCGAUUUCUUACAACAUUGUGACCCGGGUUGGCCCAAACUCUUACGUGUCCACCCUAUCAUCAAUUGGAGUUAUUCACAGGUGUGGCAAUACCUGCGUCACCCGAGACUAAAAGUCCCAUACUGUCAUUUGUACGACGUAGGAUAUACAUCUCUCGGCUCUACAUAUAACACGUUCAAGAAUCCCGCACUCCAAGUUCUAACAUCCGAUUCAUCGCCGACUUGGAAACCAGCCUAUGCCCUCGAGCACGGGAAUCUUGAACGGGCGGGGAGAGGAAAUGGAGCGGGGUUGGAGAACAGACGCGGUGUCGAGGUCCCAGUAGCUCUCAACGGAAUAUGA